CAGAGGGUUGGCAUGAACACACCAGACACUCCAACAAACAUCCAUGUCUUCCCCGAGUCCAUCACAGAUACUCUACAUAGCGCUAGACUACAGUUCAUCACCACAAUAACCACGACUACCCAGCAUAAACCAUGUUUCGGUCGCGUAGUAGUCAAGUUUGCCGGAACGGUGCAACGACGUCAUAACCCGCAGCUACUCCGAUUCCGAUCGCGACCUUCGACUUCGACGUCAGUCGAUUCCCAAUAUUGACAGGCCCUCCAGUCUCAAACACCCAACAGGCCGUUUGAGUCUCACGAAAAGGCCUUUUGAACCGCGUCGAUGGAUCUAAGUCCGAAGCAAGGUGGUGCUAUGGCGAGAUGGACGACCCGAAUCAGCUGGAGGUUGUACUAUACCCCGAGUCCAGCCAUCGCCGCAAGUCGUCACUGGUCAUGGCGGACGACCCCAACACCCGCCCCAACCUCUCGUUCCCAGAUGAAACCACGGCAUGCUUCGUCCAUUCCCUGAUCGCGGGCGAAUGGGGGGACCCGACCAACCGGAUCAAGGAGGUCAAGGGCUACACGGCCAAGGACAACGAGGCGUUGAACGAGGAGGGCGCGACCGCCGACGAGGACGACAGCGAGAACGACAUGACGGUGGCCGAGAAGGCCAUGAUGCAGUCGCGCCACCUGACCAAGAAGCAGCUCUCGGACAUGGCGUGGAACGUGCGCAAGCUGUCGAAGAAGCUGGACAGCGUCAAGCUCCGGCUCACGGUCAAGACCGUGUUCCUGGUGACCAAGGCCGGCGACCAGUCGGUCAUCGGCUCGACGCGGGAGGUCGCCCGCUGGCUCCUGUCCCGGGAGCGCGACACGCCGUACACCGUCUACGUGGAGAAGCGCCUGGAGUCGGACCCGGAGUUCGGCGCGGCGCAGCUGCUCCACGACGAGCCCUCGGCGAGGCAUCGCCUCAAGUACUGGGACCACGACCUGGCCGCGGAGCGCGCGCACCUGUUCGACUUCGUCAUCACGCUGGGCGGCGACGGCACGGUGCUCUUCACCAGCUGGCUGUUCCAGCACGUCGUGCCCCCCGUGCUGUCCUUCUCGCUGGGGUCGUUGGGCUUCCUGACCAAGUUCGACUUCAACGACUACCAGAACACCCUGACCACCGCCUUCAAGGAGGGCGUCGUGGUCAACCUGCGGCUGCGAUUCGAAUGCACGAUCAUGCGCAGUAACCCGCUACCGGACGGCUCGCCGGCGAACGCCAGGAAGCGGGAUCUUGUGGAAGAGUUGAUCGGGGAGGAGGCCGAGGAUACGCUGACCCAUAGGCCGGACAAGGUCUUGCAAAUAUUGAACGAUGUUGUCCUGGAUAGGGGGCCCAAUGCGACAAUGUCCUCGAUUGAGCUAUUUGGCGACGACGAGCACUUCACCACCCUCCUUGCCGAUGGCGUCUGUAUAGCUACGCCCACCGGGUCAACUGCGUACAACCUCGCAGCGGGGGGCUCUCUAUCGCACCCGGAUAACCCGGUCAUACUGGUGACCGCAAUCUGCGCGCACACACUAUCGUUUCGACCUAUUAUACUACCAGAUACCAUCGUCCUUCGUAUGGGCGUGCCGUACGAUGCCAGAGCUAGUUCGUGGGCCAGUUUCGAUGGCAGAGAAAGGAUUGAAUUACAUCCAGGAGACUACGUGACCGUAUCGGCAUCACGGUACCCAUUUGCCAAUGUCCUGCCCAAGGGCCGACGAGGUGAUGACUGGGUGCACACGAUCUCGAAGACAUUAAAUUGGAACUCGAGACAGAGGCAGAAAUCGCUGGACCCACCACAUGAAGAGAAGGGUGGUAAAUAAGCAGCGGCCGUGAGGCUUAACCCAGAAAUCCAGUGCUGAACGCAUGAACAAAGAUUAUCUACUACGUACGGAGUACUCGACAACAUAUGGGAUUUUACUUUUGUGGGGCGUUCCGCU